UAAUAUAUUAUUAUCAGUGAUAAUAUGAAAAUAUGAAAUAAUGAAUAAUUUUUUGUUCUCUUUUGAACUUUCGUAAUUUCAUCAUUCAGCUAUUUUAGUUAAUGGUGUUGACUCCGCAUACAUUUUAUUUUAAUAUUAAGCUAUUGUGAUUUGUGGCCAAACAACUUUAUUAACAUAUUUGAUUAUAAUGUCAUGUUUAUUUAAUAAAUUUGGGUCAAGCUGGAAACCAAACCAUCUAAUAUUCAAGACUUGUAGACCUAAGUCAACCAUUAGAGAUAAAUUCCGUGAGAUAGUUCAAAGUGGCCCGGACUUGUCAGAUUUUAUAAAUGAAACACCUAUAACAUCAAAAAACUAUAGUGGUAAAUUGCGUCGAGCAAAAGGUGAAGAAGAUAGAUUGCGUUUACCUCCUUGGCUUAAAACUAAAAUACCAACUGGGGAAAAUUUUUCAAAAAUAAAAGAACAGCUGCGUGACUUAAACUUGCAUACAGUUUGUGAGGAAGCUCGAUGCCCAAACAUUGGUGAAUGUUGGGGUGGAGGUAAACAUGGCACAGCUACCGCAACAAUAAUGCUAUUGGGUGACACUUGUACUAGGGGAUGUCGAUUUUGUUCAGUCAAAACAUCUCGAGCACCACCACCUCCAGAUCCCAACGAACCAGUUAACACAGCAAAAGCUAUUGCAUCAUGGGGACUUGAUUAUAUCGUGUUAACAUCAGUUGAUCGUGAUGAUUUGGAAGAUGGUGGAUCUGCCCAUUUUGCUGAAACUGUAGUUGAAAUAAAACAUCGUAAUCCUAAUAUAAUGAUUGAGUGCUUGGUACCAGAUUUUCGGGGAUCAGCAGAUAAUGUUAAAACUAUUGUUGAUUCCGGUUUAGAUGUUUUUGCUCAUAAUAUUGAAACUGUUGAAAAGCUAACACCAUUUGUUAGAGAUCGAAGAGCAAAUUAUAGACAAACUAUGUCAGUGUUACAUAAGGCCAAAGAAUUUAAUCCACAACUCAUAACUAAAUCAUCUAUAAUGCUGGGUCUUGGUGAAACUGAUGAGCAAAUUGAACAAACAUUUAAAGAUCUAAAAGAAUCAUUAGUGGAUUGUGUUACACUCGGACAAUACAUGCAACCUACAAAACGACAUUUAAAAGUAGUAGAAUAUGUCACUCCUGAAAAGUUUAAACAUUGGCAAGAGGUUGGCGAUAAAAUGGGAUUUUUGUAUACAGCAAGUGGUCCACUUGUAAGGAGUUCGUACAAAGCUGGUGAAUUCUUUAUUGGCAAUGUAUUAAAAAAACGUAAAGAAGCACAAGAGACUAAAAAUUCUGACAAAACUUAAAUAUAUUUUUGUUAUUGUUGUUUAUUAUAUUUUUAUUGUGUUAAUAUUCAAAUAUAAAAUAUAAUUUUAUGUAUUGUUAAAAAACCUUGUAGACAGUUUUUAAAGUUUAAUGCUAAGUUUAUAGCUAUGAAAAUAUUAUAAUUAUUAUACAUAGUAUUUGGAAAUUGAAUGUAAAUAGAGCUCUUGUGCUAUGUGUAUAUAUAUACACUAUAUGUGUAUGCAUAAAGGCGUAAAGUGUUUACAAAUAUGCAAAAAUGUAUAUUUUGAUGAUUUAUCUUUGUUUUUGAUAAAAUUAAAGACAUUGCUGAGUCUUA